AUGCGAAGCGGGCCUUGUCGUCUAGCACCUGCUGUUGCAGUUCGCCCGCUCCUAUCACCGUUUGGCAUCGGGGUGUCGAAGAGAAUCGCGCUUGUCGGCAGCGGCAACUCGAUCGCAGCGCUACUAGUAAAGGAGAACGUACCGUUUGGCACGCCGUUGCUCCUCGCGCCGGAUGCUGCGCUAUUCACGUGCCAGGGUGCUCUCGACGCAGACGUGGACGGUCUCGUGCCGCCACCAGCGGACAUGCUAGAGCUGCUCAAACAUGAUACGGCGCAACUCGACCACGUUUACCUGGCGUACUAUCUAUCGCUGCGGUGCUUCACAAACAAGGAGGACUGGUUUUCCGGCCAGAUUAAUCGCUUCAAGGACCGCGGCUCCACUUCUCAGGAAGAUGCGGCUAGUUCACGCAUCUGGGAACGGUUUGCGCAGGUAUACGUAACCGCCCCUGCUCCGGUCUUCCUGGCCGCCUUGCAGUACGUCUGGGAGAGCUGCUUUCGCAAACCUGCAACAGAGGCAGACUCGUCGUCGGCUCCGCUACCAGCAGCGCUUGCAGUUGCGCCAGUAGUCGACGUUGCUGUGCAAAGCCGCAAUGCCGCGAAUUCGGCACUCACGUCUACCACCGCCAAGGCUCUCAAAGAGACUUACCUGCACGGCGACAUCACCGGCGCACGGCAAGCGCUGUUGGGUAAAAACGAUGCGUACGUCUACUGGGUGCUCACUGCCAUCACAGAUAUUCCGGUGGGCAGUGAAGUCUCUGUUUCGUCACAGUCUGGGCUCUAA